GAAGGGAGAGCAGGCGAGCAGAGGCUUCGUUGAUAUGUUGAGGCGUGCAGCAGGCCAUUCGACAUGCAAGCGGUUGCUUGGCCAGCCGGUUGCACCGCGCUCCGCCGGCUCGACGAGGGCGAUCUCCGUCCUUCUAGCAAAACCGCCGCAACAGCAACAAGCCGUCAUCAGAGCCAGCCUUCGAAGGCGCCAGCAUCAACAGCCAGGGCACAGCGCGUGGUUGAGAGGGACAACCGGGUCUACCUGCCGUGUUGCCGUUCUUGGGGCACCACGCGCCGCAUCAAGGUCGAUCAGUGCAGGGCGCGCCGCGGAGCUGAAGGCCCGGAAUAGGAAAGUGGCCAUCUACAUGGCUUCCGUCGUCACGGCCGUCCUCGGGGUUAGCUACGCCGCCGUCCCCUUGUACAAGGUCUUUUGUCAGGUAACGGGGUUUGGGGGCACGACGCAGGUGGCCGACGCGGACAAGGCCCUCAAGAUGAGCCCGGUCGAGGGCGGUCGAGUUAUCCGGGUGACGUUCGACGGUGGUACGGCGGACACAAUGCCCUGGAAGUUCAGGCCGACACAGUCAGACGUAAAGGCGGGUACCACGAUGUUCGCGGGAGCGAUUUUUUUUGUUUUACACGAGACCCCCCGUCAUGUGGUGUGA